AUGACGCAGCCUGCGUUGACCCGGAUCGCCCAUGGGUCGGCGCCGUUCAUCACUACGUUUGCUCUCAUUCAUCUGACCGCCCCAGUCAUGGCAAACCUCGGGGGGACGUCCUUAGCCUCCCAAGUCAUGUUGCUCGGCAGAGAAUACUACCAGACGCCGUUCGGCGAGAAGUACCUCGUGCUCGCGCCGCUUGUCAUUCAUCCUCUCUCCGCAUUCCUCAAGCGUGUCCUCGCCCCGAAGCCGGCCCGCCGGCUGAGCAGCAUCCUCAGCGUGACCGGCUACACUACCGCGGUCAUCGUCGCUCUGCACUUCUACACCCACCGUGUCGCCCCAACCGACCCCGCCCCGCCCAUCUACGCUGUCGGCCCCUCAGAGCUCGACUUCGAAUACGUCAAAUUCGGUCUCCAGAGUUGGCCCUGGAGGAGCUGGCUCGGCUACCUGGGCUUCACCGCGGCCGUCGCCUGGCACGCGUCAGAAGGGAUGGCUAUCAUCUGGAAUACGUGGCUGCGGCCCUACCUGGGUGGCCCCCCGGGCACGAAGAGGUCCCGCACCAUUGGAGCCUUCCUGGGCGGCGUGCUCCCGGUCGCAACUGGGAUGUUCUUCAUGUGGAGGGAGCCGCUGAUGGUGUUCGCGUCCCACGCUGAUAGAUUCAGGGCCGCUUUCUCUAUGUCCCCGUUCUAUUGGUAUUGA